AUGGGGUUGCUGGCAAUGUUUAUUUCAUCCAACAUGACACACCUGAUGUUUGCCAUAACAUUUUUUACAUCAGGCUUGAUAAUCAAUUUCUUCCAGCUCUGUUUAUACGUUAGCCUUAGGCCUUUUUCCAGAUACUUUUAUCGAAAGAUUAACUAUUAUCUCUGCUACUCCUUUUAUGCUCAGCUGGUGUUCCUAGUAGAUUGGUGGUCUCAUUCAAAGACUAUCACUUACAUGGAGCAAAAAGAUUAUGAGGAACAUUUUGGAAAGGAACACGCGUAUUUAAUAAUGAACCACCGUUACGAGAUUGACUGGCUCUCUGGAUGGGCCAUGGCCGAACGAGUCGGAGUACUGGGCAAUUGUAAAGCAUACGCGAAGAAAUCGCUACAGUAUAUACCAACAGUAGGCUGGGCAUGGAAAUUCGCCGAGUUAAUAUUCCUGGAACGGGACUGGAAGAAGGAUCAAGAAAUAAUUCGUACGCAGAUCACGGAACUUGCUAAUUAUCCAACCAGUAUAUGGUUACUUUUGUACCCUGAGGGAACACGUUUCACAGAGCAAAAAUUAGAGGCCAGUCAAAAGUUUGCCCAAGAAAAGGGUCUUCCGGUGUUGAAACAUCACUUGACGCCACGAACGAAGGGUUUCGUGUCAAGUAUACCCCAUAUGCGUGGCAAGAUUCCCGCUAUUUAUGACGUGCAAGUACAUUUCAAGUCGAACGAACCCAACAAACCGUCGAUUACGAAUUUGCUAUUGGGAAAACCAGUGAACGCGCAUUUGUACAUGAGAAGGAUUCCGUUGGAAGAAGUGCCGAGGGAAGAAGAAGCUGCUGCGAAAUGGCUGCACGAACUUUUUCAGAGAAAAGACCGUUUAGCAGAGAGUUUCGAAAAAACGGGCGACUUUUUUGCAACGAGUGGAGUGCCCAGGAUGCAAGAAUAUGAAUUGAAACCAAGAUUACGAUCGUGUUUGAAUACAGUCGUCUGGUCGACAGUAAUUCUAUUACCGAUACUUCAUCAUUUGAUCAGUCUUUUGUUAUCCGGAUCAAUCUUUUAUUUCUCGAUUGGUGUAGCCAUCAUUGUGCUUUUCCACAUGCUCAUGCAAAAGGCGAUAUCAGCUUCCGAGAUCAGUAAAUCAUCGUCAUACGGGACCGAUGGGAAAAAGUCAAACUAAAGGGUAAAGCAAGUACGAAAAUACAGUGUAGAAAAUUUCGGACCACUAUCACAGCUGAUAUUUCCAAAUUGUCUUCACUGUAUCGUAGGCCGAUUACUUUUUGUACAAAUCACUACGUGGGGGGACACGUUACAGUAGUAUUUGGGUUUUAGACGGUACAAUCUCCAAAUAAGAUAUCUUAUCCACGUGAUCGCUAUUAUAUCAUUCCUCUGGAUUCACAAAAUCAAAGAUCAACUUUCAUAAAUACGUAAUGAUCUAAGUUCGAAAGCGGUAAAUAUUUUUCUCGAGCGUUCGAAAACGUGUUGUAUUCUUCCUAUAGCAAUACAUACACGCUAGUCUAAUUUGGAGAUUAUACUCAUAUCGUUGUUUGCUAGGCAUGUGCGAUUACCCGAGAGAUCACAGAAUUGAAGCGGGACGUUAAAAUUUUGUCCCUGUUGAGGAACCUUAAUUUAGUCUGCGAUUCCCGACAAUUUUAGAAUCUCCAGUAAUACGUCUUCUAGUUUUGUUCGAAUUCUUCCGUUCGUUCUUGGAGCUCGGGACGAUCCGCAUAUCCCUAUUAACGCGUCGACUGUCAUCGCUAUUUAUCAUGUACGAACUUUACGCAAAAAUUCAGCAGGUGCGCUUCGUUCUGUAUGUAAUCUUCCACUGACAGUCGACGUGUCAACUAUAAUUCUUAGUGGUGGGGAUCAAUCGGUGGAAUAUAGUGGGUGUAAUGAUCAUUGCUAAUCUAAUUUAGUAGUGGGUUGUAACGGGUUACUAGUUUUAGACUACAGGUAUACAGUACUUUGAAGGAACUUUGCGCGAAGAUGUAAUCGAACGUUUCAAAGGCGCGUAUUGUUACGAUUAAAAUAGCAUGUUGGAUCAGCUGUUUUUGUUUCUCUAUGAA